ACCCACCCCACCCACCUAUCUAUCACCGCCUCCACUUUCUGAAAGGCUCAAACUUUCCACAGCCACCAUUCUUUUCAUUUCUUCUUCUUCUUCUCAAUACCUCACUCCCACCACUUUCUCUCUCCCUCUCUCUCUCUCUCUCGAAAUCAAUCAAUCAGUGAAUCAAUUAAUCAGUUGCUGCAUUACACGGAAAUCAUUGAAGCUGGCGAUUGAUAAUCAAGAACCCGCGGUUCGUGAGAUCAAGCCCAACAGCAGCCGACGAAUCAUGGGAGGCGACGAGGAGGAGGAGCGGCGGUGGCCGCCGUGGCUGCGGCCGCUGCUGAAGGAACAGUUCUUCGUGCAGUGCAAAUUCCACGCAGACUCCCACAAGAGCGAGUGCAAUAUGUACUGCCUCGACUGCACCAAUGGCCCUCUCUGCUCCCUCUGCUUGUCCGCCCACAAAGACCACCGCGCCAUUCAGAUACGGAGGUCGUCGUACCACGACGUGAUCAGGGUGUCGGAAAUCCAGAAGUUUCUGGACAUCAGCUCGGUGCAGACGUACAUAAUCAACAGCGCCAAGGUUGUCUUCUUGAACGAGCGGCCGCAGCCCCGCCCCGGCAAGGGCGUGACCAACACGUGCCAAGUUUGCGAUCGCAGCCUCCUCGAUUCCUUCAAGUACUGCUCCCUCGGCUGCAAGAUUGUCGGGACAUCCAAGAAUUUCCAGAAGAGCAGCGGCAAGAAGAAUCAUCACUCGCCGGAGAAGAAGAGGCCGGCGGCGGCGGCCGCAAUGGUGGAUUCCGACGACUCUUACAGCAGCAGCACCGGAAACAAAGCGCCGCCGAGCUUCUCCCCGUCGACUCCACCUCGCACCGCCGCCGCCGCCGCCGUCGCGAAAAGAAGAAAGGGAAUUCCUCAUCGAGCCCCCAUGGGAGGAAUCGCCUUGGAAAUAUACAACUAGAAGAAGAAGAAGAAAAGAAAAGGAUAAUGGCAGGGCGACAUUGUACAUAGAAGCAGGAAUGGAAUGGAGAAUACAAGAAAUAAGACAUCGAAAACGUAGAAGAAGAAUCAAGAAUGUAAUAGUUACAAAUGAAAGAAUCAAGAAAACCGAAACGACGUCGUCCGGCGGCAGUGUGUUCGUUCUUAACAGUACGUGCUGCACGACACGAGGAGCUCGUGGGAUCGACUGCCCAUGGUAAUGGAGUUUGUUCGAUUUCUCUGAAGCUCGAAAUUACUAAUUAAUUUUAGUUUCUGGUACUGUCUCUUUCUCUCCUUGGUCACGUUUUUACAAUACUACUACUUCUUCUGGUACUGUUAGAAACAGGUCACUCCGUGAAUAGGUGAAUUUUAGAGACAUGAUACUAUAUUACAGUACAAAAAUGUAUGUAAUGUAUAAUAGUGUCCAAAAUCGAAAUCAAUGAUGGUAAUAAUAAUAAUACCAAUAAUAGUUUUGUGGUA